AUGGUUGCCUCGCCGGUCGUGGCUUUAGGCUUUCUUGGCGCCUUGCAAGGCGCCGGCAGUCCGCUCGUACAGCGACAGGCUACCGGCUGCGCGACGGGCGUGCACAUGAUUGUCGCUCGUGCGAGUACCGAGAGGCCCGGGACGGGCAUCAUCGGCGAGGUCGCGACCAAGGUCCAGGCCCAGAUCCCCGGGUCCGAUAUCACACCAGUCGACUAUCCGGCGCAGCUGAACCCUUACCAGCCGUCUCAAAAGGCCGGAGUUGAUGCCAUGACGAAGCUAGUCCAGGAUUACGCGAAGCAAUGCCCGCAGACGAAGAUGGUGUUGAUGGGCUACUCCCAGGGAGCGCACGUCACGGCCGAUGUCCUCUGCGGAACGAGCGAAUCUGGGUUCGCAGCCACGCCAGCCCAAGCGGCCGAUGUCACCGAUAAGAUCUCUGCCGUCGUGCUCAUGGGCGAUCCCAGCCACGUUGUUGGCCAACCUUUCAACACGGGAACAAGCCAGAAGGAUGGCGUCUUCCCAAGACAGGACAACGCCGCAUGUGGCGCGGUUGCCAGCAAGAUGACCUCCUUCUGCGAUACCGGCGACCCAUUCUGCGACAGCGGAGCCAACCUUCAGGUUCACCUGGGAUACGUGACCAGGAAUGGAGACGAUGCAGUCAAGUUUAUCGUGGAUAAGGUUAACGGCGCAGGAGCUGCGGGUGGAGCGAAGAACACUACUGCUUGA